CGGCCCGGGUGCUGGUUGCUAAGGGAGGCGGAUGGCGGCGGUGGCGGCCCCUCCAUGGCGACGGGGCUGAGCGGCGAUCGUGCAGCCGGAGGAGGCCGGGACGCGGGGACUCCCCCUAGCGGAGCGAGGAGCCUUCGAUGGGGGGAGGCUCAGCCCUCGGGAAAAAGGGGGAGAGAGAGGCUCGUACUGAAGGCAAGCAGCUGUGCCUCUGAGUGGGAAACUCUGGACUGAUCUCAUGGCUUGCUUUUUUGUUUCAUUAAUACUCCAUUACCCCUGAAAAUGAACCUUUUGUGAAGCUCUGUUCCUAACUCUCCUUACUCCUCUUUCACGAGGUGACUGCUUUUCAAGGGAAGAAAUGGCAUGAAGUACUCCUCUAUAAAGCAAUCUGCUUUGCCAAAGUGCCCAGUGAGCAGCACUGUCACUUUAAUAAUUCCAGGUCAAGGGAUUGCUUUCCUUCUUUCCAAUCCUCUCUUUUAAUACAUGGGAGGAUCAGAGGGACGUUAAAGACCGUAAGGCUGGGUGGCUUGGAUAUAAUAAAAAUGAAAGUGACUGGCCGGUGACUUCUGUUGGGUAAGAGGGUGAUAUUUGAAGGCUGUUGUCUGGUGAGGAAAAAGGGACCUUUUCAGUCUGCUGUGUAGUCACCUAAUACAUAGCUAGCAAAAUUCAUUCAAGAAGUGAAAGAAGUUUAAAGAGUCACUUUGGAUUGUUUUUGUCUUCCUCCUUAUUUGGAUUAUUUGGGAGUUUUUGUCCUGCGAAUAAUAUGCUUUUGAGCAUGUAAAGGUGAAGUAUUAAGACAGCUGCCUAGAGAUGGACUGUGCCUUAAUUGUAUUGCAUAAAAUCUUUUAAUUUUCAAAAUUUGCUGCCAGAAGAGGAGUUAUAAUAGGGUUUUAUACUGCCAAGGAACAUUUUCUCUUGUAUUUUUAUAGAUUCAAAUAUAUUUUAAAGAAAUUGAAAACCUCUCUUAAAAAAAUUCAAAAAGCUUCUUUUUUCCCCCUUUUUUCUUAUUUGUCGGAAGCAUCGGAGGCUCAGUGCAGGAAAACGGCAAGUACUGGUAGAAAUGAAGAUUGAAGCUGCAUUUCAUAACUGAACUGUAAAAGUGUUUUGCAAUAGAUAGACCUCGCAGAGUGUUCCUCUGGUACAUCGUUAAUACCUGUAAAUAAGUGCUUGCAAGCAGUAACAGAAGUAGGAAGAAGAAUGCCAGUCAAGAAGAAAGAUACUGACCGAGCUUUAGCGCUGCUGGAAGAAUAUUGUAAAAAACUAAGGAAGCCAGAAGAACAACAACUGAAAAAAGCCAUCAGAAAGGUGAUGGGCAUCUUUAAGAGCAGCUUAUUUCAAGCACUUCUAGAUAUUCAAGAGUUUUAUGAAGUGACACUGCUAAAUUCCCAGAAAAGCUAUGAGCAAAAAAUAGAAGAAGCAAACGAAGUUGCAGAGAAAUGGGAGAAGACCACCUCUCCUGCUACAGGACAUGAAAAUCUGCAGGAAAAACAAGAGUCUGCAGCUUCCAAUGGAUCAGAAGGGUCUGGACAAUGUGAUGUACCCAAAAAGGAGAACCAGACUUUUGAAAAUUAUGCAGUAGACAUGAAGACAAAGGUCAUUGUGCUUGACUGUCAGUAG